GGUUCAGCAGUGGUGACAACCAGACUGGUGUUCAACUCAUCUCCAGCCCCCAGUGAAGAUCUGGUGCUCAGUGCCAUCACCACUCUCAGGAACUCCAGAGAAUCACAACUCAACGAAACAGUGAAAGUGGUGAAUUUCACCUAUGAAAAAAUCUCGGACACCUCCUAUGCGCUUGUCAUUACAUUUGCUCUGAGUAACAUCAGCAUUCCAGUGAACCCAGAACUCAGAAACAACACGUUCAGUCAUGUACAGAAUAUUGCAAAUAAUGCGCUGAACACUCUUCUGAAUGAGCCUACCAGUGCUGUUCUUCAACCCAAGACCUCAGACUUCACAUCUGGUUCAGCAGUGGUGACAACCAGACUGGUGUUCAACUCAUCUCCAGCCCCCAGUGAAGAUCUGGUGCUCAGUGCCAUCACCACUCUCAGGAACUCCAGAGAAUCACAACUCAACGAAACAGUGAAAGUGGUGAAUUUCACCUAUGAAAAAAUCUCGGACACCUCCUAUGCGCUUGUCAUUACAUUUGCUCUGAGUAACAUCAGCAUUCCAGUGAACCCAGAACUCAGAAACAACACGUUCAGUCAUGUACAGAAUAUUGCAAAUAAUGCGCUGAACACUCUUCUGAAUGAGCCUACCAGUGCUGUUCUUCAACCCAAGACCUCAGACUUCACGAGCACAUCAGACCAAAUGAAUGGCAUGGUAAAUUACACCUUCCAAGAUGGAGAUGCCAUACAACCAGUCAGCUUCCUAAAUCUACUUCGGUUACCAAUUGGAUCAACCACUACAGUGUCUCCUGUGACAACAAGCAUGUUCCCUGUGACAUCUCUAAAUCAAGUAUCUGGUUCAGCAGUGGUGACAAGCAGACUGGUGUUCAACUCAUCUCCAGUCCCCAGUGAAGAUCUGGUGCUCAGUGCCAUCACCACUCUCAGGAACUCCAGAGAAUCACAACUCAACGAAACAGUGAAAGUGGUGAAUUUCACCUAUGAAAAAAUCUCGGACACCUCCUAUGCGCUUGUCAUUACAUUUGCUCUGAGUAACAUCAGCAUUCCAGUGAACCCAGAACUCAGAAACAACACGUUCAGUCAUGUACAGAAUAUUGCAAAUAAUGCGCUGAACACUCUUCUGAAUGAGCCUACCAGUGCUGUUCUUCAACCCAAGACCUCAGACUUCACGUAA